AAGUUGUGCUUGGUGAAAGAAACAAACAGAAGUGCGAAAGAGGGCUGAGGGUUUAUUCUGUAUAGGGCAGCCAGAGUAAACAACCGAAAAUGUCAGGAUUCGACAGCAACCCUUUUGCGGACCCAGUGGACGUCAACCCGUUUCAGGAUCCUUCGGUUACACAGCUGACCAAUUCUAGUUCAGAUGGAAUUGAAGGAUUUAAUCCAUUUACUGAAAACUCCAAGCUGACUAAUCCAGCACAGACCACAGUUCCUGCUCAGGUUAUGCCUUCUCAGCCAGCCGUGUUGCAGCCUUCAGUUGAGCCCAGCCCGCAGUCCACAGCUGCAGCGGCCCAGGUAAACCUCCUGAGACAGCAAGAAGAGCUGGAGAGGAAAGCAGCGGAGCUGGACCGCAGGGAACGGGAAAUCCAAAACAAGAGCUCGGGGUCUACCAGAGAAAACAACUGGCCACCUCUUCCAAGGAUAUUUCCAGUGAAGCCUUGCUUCUACCAGGACUUUUCUGAGGACAUUCCCCCAGAUUUCCAGAGGACAUGCAAGAUGAUGUACUACCUGUGGAUGUUUCACUCAGUUACUCUGUUCCUGAACUUGCUGGCAUGCCUGGCGAUAUUCACUGUAAGCAGCAGCAACGGGGUCGAUUUUGGCUUGGCAAUCCUGUGGUUUGUUCUUUUUACCCCCUGUGCAUUCGUCUGCUGGUACAGGCCUGUCUACAAAGCCUUUAGGUCCGACAGUUCUUUCAAUUUCUUUUUCUUCUUUUUUGUCUUUUUCAUUCAAACGGCCAUCUAUAUUAUCCAGGCAGUCGGCAUCCCUCACUGGGGUAACAGUGGCUGGAUUCUUGCCUUGUCUGUGAUUGGCAUCAACAAUGCUGUAGCUAUCAUCAUGAUGGUGGUGGCUGGUUUCUUCACUGCCUGCGCGGUCAUGGCAAUCAUCCUGCUAAAGAUGGUGCACUCGAAGUACAGACGGACCGGUGCCAGCUUCCAGAAGGCCCAGGAGGAGUUCUCACAGGGCGUUUUCACGAACAGAACCUUCCAGAGUGCCGCUUCCACAGCUGCUGCCACUGCGGCCCAGAACGCCUUCCAGCAAGGGAACUAGUGGGGCUGGGCCUGGCCACCUUGUCGGCUCCCUCCUGCCUAUUUUAAAAAGAUGCACUUUCACGAAAGUAAAAACUCUAAGCAUUGUGCACCUACGUAUCUUUGACUUGGUUUGCUCUUAAUAUCAGGAGUGUUUUUGUUUUAAUAUGCAGGGCGGUUAUAAAGUCAGUAUGCCACUUUGUAAAACUGCUGUAAAAAAGAAAAGAACACAGCUGGUGGCAGCUGUAAGAUGCUAUGUCUGACCUCACCCAGUGUACUUGGAUUAACUUCUUUUUCAAAAAAGUGAUCAUCCAAAGCAGCAAAAUAUUGGAUUUUUAAACAGACAAAUACUUCUUGGGAAUGGGCUUCCACAGCAGCAGUGAAUUUAGCAUACUGAAUUUGCAGCAUUUUUUAAAAACUUCAUUCGCAUUUCCCCUCCAAAGGACACUCCUGUAAUUCUGAUUUAAUUGAAUGUGUUUUUUUUUAAAGGCAAAUCAUUGGUGAUGGCAAUCUUCCUUCAUGUAUUUACCCUCUUUUUUUCCCCCCCUUUUGGAGUUCCAAGAAGGAACUCAGAAUUAUAGAACACAUAUUCUCUAGUCUCUGUUAUCAAAGGGUGAGCUAUUUUGAAGGGUUUGUUAGUGCAUGUGCUAAGGGGGAGUAGCAUACAGUGUAAUGCUGAAAGAACACAGACAAUGUAAUCAUGACAUAAAACUUUUUAAAAUAUCGUGAACAUCUAAAUGUUGUUAUGGGUGAGAAAGGAAUGUGCCUUUUGAUUGAACAAAUAGCUGUUUAAAGGCAGAGUUUGCUGCUUCAUUUUAUAAAGUGGUAUUGAAGAGGGUUAGACAUGAAUCCUAACAAGCAUGGCUGUUGUUCCUGGAUUAGAGUGUGUACGUUCUGCACCGUUUGUGGUGACCGUGCCAUUAGUAUAUUCUGGUUUGGGAAGUCCUCUUCUACAGUGGUGAGAAAUGAAAGACAGGAAUGGCAGAUUGAGAGCUGUGUGACACUGGCAUAGAAAAGUAAGGUACGUUUAAAAGACGUUAAGCCAGCCAGUUGGAAAACCUUACCUGGCAUCUGAUUCUGGGUGCUGUCCCACAAUGGGCUAAUGUAAAAAUGUCCCAAAAUGUGUGGGAUUCUGAGGUUUGUAUGACGAGUUUCAUGUUUUUUCCUUAUAUACAGGGAUGAAAUAUGACUCCUUGACAGUUUUGUACCUUUCUAGGUACUGGAUGUGUUUUUACUUUUAACUUAAAAGUGUGACUACUAAACUAGAAUGGGUCAAACUGCUAUGUUGUAAUAGGAUUCAUAUUUUGCCCCUGUAUUUGUGAAUUUAUAUAAUCUUUAAAGCUUAUUGUAGAGGAAGCCUGCUAUACACCAUUAGACAUACAGUGUGUUUAAAGCAAGCUGAACAUUAUCUAGUCCUGUUUUUUUUUAAAGAAAUCUACACUUGGUGGAUGCUAUACAUGCUCUGGUUGUAUUUGUAGAGGAUUUGUUUUGUGUUGUGUCUGAGCUGAGUUGGUGUAUACCCUUUAACAUCCAGGUUUGCAUCAGGCAGUCUAAAGAUGUCUCUCUUCUGCUGCAAUUUAGUGCAGUUAAAGUAUAUUAACAUUAAUGUACUGAUGUUUAAUGGUGUACACCAAGCAGCCUGAAGAAAGACAGCAAUUCAGCAUCUGCCUUGUAGAUCUUGUUAAAUAUCUGCAGACUAUAUCAAAUCCAUUAGUCAUUUUGAUUCAAUUUUCCCCAAAAGAAGUGAGUUUUUAUUAAGAAAAUUAAUUUUUAAAAAAACCAAAAAACAAACCAAACAAAAAAAAAACCUGAUGUCAGUAUUGCUUAAGUAUCGUUGCAUGUUAUCAGAAUGUCUGAUGUGGAGCUAUCCGUUUACAACACCAGAUUGCUUAAGUUAGCUCAGCAGUCUGUAUUUAAAAUCACAGUAGCUUUUUUCUGCUAAAAAAAAAAAAGACAACAGCAUACAGUGAUGAAUUCAGUGCUGUUUGCUGUGCUUGUCUUUUCCCUUCCCUUAUUGCCGAGAAGGCCCAUUCAUAACUUUCCUGUACAUGGCACAGUAAGAACAACUUUCAUAGGAUUGCAGCAAACCUAGUCAGAGAAACAUUUGAUAGGAUCAUAGAUACUCUGAAUAAACCACCAUUCUGCUGUUGUUUUCCUUGGACAGGACUAGGUUCAGUUAUAAUCAUGAAAUAUUUGUUAUUUUAUAAGUGAAUUUAAGACCCAAAGAACAAGCAUCACUGCAUUCAAGGUAACCUUUACUAAAUUAAAGUUUUUAUAAAUGGAUUGGUCAGCAUUGAGCUUUUUUGUUUCUUUUAUUUGGGUAUAAUUUGAGCACUGGGCAUUUAGCCAAGAAAGUGAUACUUUCUCCUGUGAUUGCAACCUGUGAAGUGAAUGGUACAGUUAACAACACAUUACUUAGGUAUGCACAUUAAAAAAAGGCCGUCCUGAUCAGUACUUUUCUGUCCCUGUAAUGUUAUAAUGGAGGUAAAAACAGAUCUAGAACUGAGGGUCUGAGGGUGUACUAUAUUUAUAUAAAUUAUUAAACACUGUUGGCAUGUGACACAUGGUAAUAAUUUAAAAUGUGUUCUUCAAGAGAAGAGUGGGCACUGGUAAGGUCAGAAACUCCUUUCCUCGCUGCUUUUUGUUCACUCUGCCAGGUGUCAAAAUAAAGUACUGUUUGACAAAAAACCAGCCAGCGAAUGUAAUUCUUGCUUGCUUAGAAUUUUUUUGCAACUGCUUUGAAAUGGCAUUUGAUUGUGACUGCUUUUACAUUUCUCAGCAGCAGUUUCCUACUGAAUAACUAAGCGUUUUUGCAUAUUAAAUGCUAGGAAUUUACAAACAAGUUUUCUUACUUUUACCGUAGGAUCCUAGGUAAACACAGACUGUUGACUUUCCCUCUACUAAUUCUUACUGCUGUUUAAUGUUUAAAAUCAAUGGGGUUAGUAAGAUAGUGUCUUUAACUGUAUAUGGGAUGCUCAAUAAUGCAUUUUAUUACCAAUGUUUUUUUUUCUUUUACAUUUUCAUGUAAAAUUGUAAAUGCCAUUAAUUGAACCUUUUUAUGCUGAAAUAAAAAAAUUACAACAAA